CCGGCGGCGGCGGCGGCGGCCCGCGCCGGCCGGCCGCGCAAACCCUCCCCCCUCGGCGCGAUACUGAUCCUCGCGGCGCUCGGCGCAUCAUACUUCGCACUACAGGGCACGCCGCUCGCCCCCUUCCUUCCCGGCAACCAAGUGGCGAUCGGCGGCGCCGAGAUCCUGAACUGGCUGAUGCGGCUGCUGGGCGCCGAGCGCGAGGUGCAAGGCCACGCGGACUUUGGGGACGGGCGCAAGCUCACGUGCCCGCCGGCGUUCGCGCGCCCGGCCUCGCAGGGGCUGUACCAUGUCAACGUCAAUCUCGGGAACGGGGGGCCGGAGCCGGAUCUCAGCGGCGGCAUGAUCCCGAACGUGGGGACGCCGUUCGGGAUGACGCGGUGGACGGCGCAGACGCGCCUCAAUUACGUGUCGAUGUGCCCGUACAACCAGACGGACAAGGUCGUGCACGGGUUCAUUGGGACGCACCAGCCCGCGGUGUGGAUGGGCGAGUCGGGGCCCGUGCAGGUCGGCGUGGGGCUCGGCGACGUCGUGACGGAUUUCCAGAGGCGCGGCCUCAAGUUCCGCAGGAAGGACGAGUAUGCGUCCCAGAACUACUACUCGAACGUGUUGCGGGGCAAGCACGGCCUGAUCGAGGCCGAGCUCGCGGCGACCUCUCGCGUCGGCCAUAUGCGCUUCACGUUCCGCCCGAACGGCACGGCAGCGCCGUUCGUCGUGCUCGACGCGUCGCGGGUCAGCGCGGUCACGAGCAACCCGCGCAAUGUGUCGCUGCCGGUCGGACACGCCGAGGUGGACUUUGAGCGGCGCGAGAUCAGCGGGUGGAACGACGAGCGGCAGGACCACAUCCUCAUGAGCGACGCGCUGCCCGCCAAGGGGUUUAAGGGGUACUUUGUCGCGCGGUUCUCGCGCCCCUUCGCGAGCGGCGGCAUCUCGCAUUCCGGCAUGCUGCGCCGCGCGCACAUCGGAGACGGCAAAGUGCUUUCUGCAUAUGUGACGUUCCCGCGCGGCACGCCGGACGUUGACGUGCGCGUCGGCGUGAGCUUCAUCAGCGUAGACCAGGCGCGGCGGAACCUCGAGCACGAAGUGCCGGAUGGGCAGAGCCUCGAGGCGACGUCAGUGGGUGCGCGCGCCGAGUGGGCCGCCAAGCUCGACCUGUUGAGCGUGCAGGGCGCAACGCCCUCCAACCUCACCGUCCUGUACACCGGCUUCGCGCGCACCCUCGUGUAUCCGUACGAGGUGCACGAGAACGCGGGCACGCCCGCGUCCCCCGACUGGCACUACUACUCGGGGUAUCUCGACGCGGUGGUGGCGGGCCAGAGCUACUCGGGCUACUCGAUCUGGGACACGUUCCGGGCCACCACGGCGUGGCAGCUCCUCGUCGUGCCUGAGCGCGUGCCCGCCAUGCUGACCAGCAUGUUGCAGGACUACACCGAGGGCGGGUGGCUGCCGAUGUGGAAGAACAUUGUCGAGACGAACAUCAUGGUCGGCACGCACGCGGACAGCGUGCUCGCACAGGCGAUGAGCGCGGGCGUGCCGUUCGACUGGGAGCUUGCGUGGGCCGCCGUGCGCAAAAACGCGUAUACCCCGCCGGAGCGGGACACCAAGCUGCGCUACUUUGACCGCGAAGAGCACACGCCGCACGAAGUGCGUGCAGGCCUCACGGAAUAUAUGAAGCGCGGGUGGGUCGCGGACGACUUGCACUCUGAGGCGGGGUCGCGCACGCUCGAUUACGCGUACGACGACCACGCGGCGGCGAUCGUCGCCGAGCACGUCGGCGCGACGAAGGAUGCCAAGGCGUUGCGGAAACGCGCGCAGAAUUACAGGAGUAUUUGGAACAACGCGACGGGGUUCAUGGAGGCGCGGCGCGCGGACGGGUCCUGGGCCGGCAGCUGGGCGGGGUGGACCGAGGGCGACCAUUGGGCGUAUUCGCUGACGGUGUUGCACGAUGUGCCGGGGCUUAUCGAGCUCAUGGGCGGCAACGCCAAGUUUGUGGACUUUAUCGACAGGCAUUUCGAGGGCGGGCAUAAUCUGCACACGAACGAGCCGAGUCAUCAUAUUCCCUACCUCUACUCCUUCGCGCCCGGCGCCGCGCACAAGUCGCAGAAGUGGAUCCGCGAGGUGGGCGAGAACGAGUACAACCACACGGCGACGGGCUUGAGCGGCAACGAAGACUGCGGACAAAUGAGCGCAUGGUACCUCUUCUCGGCGCUGGGGUUCUACCCCGUCGACCCGGCGUCCGCGACCUACGUCCUCGGCACGCCGUUCUUCGACCGCAUCCAGCUGCGCCUGCCGGCGUCGGGCACGGACGGCGCGCGCGCCAUCACGGUUGUCGCGCCGGGCGCGCGGCACAAGCGCUACGUCCGCGGCCUGCGCGUCGACGGCCGCGAGCACGACAGUAUCCAUAUUACGCAUGCGCAGAUUGCCGACGGCGCGAGCUUCGAGUUCGAGAUGGCGCGCGCGCCGCAGUCGUGGCCGCAUUGAUCUGUAAGUAGCGAUUUGUCACAGUAGUGUCCUAGUACUUGCAUGCAACAUGACGACCAAGUGUUCAUAUC